AUGGAAGCUAUUACUCUGCAGCUCACUGCUGCCAGUGAUGCUCUCCCUCCACUUCCACCUCCUCCCCCUCAGGCUUCUGUUAGCGGAGCAGCGUUUUCGGUAGCUGCUGGACAGAGACCCUCCCCCUGCUCAGGCGACCAAAGCGGGAGACAAAGGCCUACAGUCUAUGUGGCAAUGUUCCCGUACACUCCUCGUAAGGAGGAUGAGCUGGAGCUGAGGAAAGGAGAAAUGUUUCUGGUGCUGGAACACUGUCAAGAUGGCUGGUUCAAGGGCACUUCCAUGCACACAGGAAAGAUUGGAGUUUUCCCUGGGAACUACAUGAGUCCAGUCAGCAGGACAGCAUAUGGCAGCUCCCAGUCCAAAGCUCCCAUGAAUCUUUGCACUCAGGCCAGCAGAGGACUCACCGUGGUCAGCCCUUCCUCUGCUCCUCUGGGGGCCGUUGUUCAAGGACCUGACUUCAACAAACCCCUCGCUGUGUCCUCCACUGCUGGACCUGCCUCCCCCCAGCCUGCAGCUGUGGUCACAGCAGCUCAGACCGCCACAGGCCAGCAGCCAAAAGUGCCCAUGCACGUCAGCUCCCAGAUGACUGUGAAUCAAGCUCGCAAUGCAGUCAGAACAGCAGCUUGUCACAGUCAGGAUAGACCCACAGCAGCAGUGACCCCCAUCCAGUGUGCAACCCCCGUGACCUACGUACCACUGCCUUCCUCCAACACUGCUCAGGGCUGUACUCGGACUGGAGUGGCUCUGAGCUGCGCUGCCGCAUCUCUGACUCCACCUAAUGUGAACGCUGUGUCUCUGGAUGUGGACGUUUUAAGACCCGUGCCCAUCGGCAACAAUGCUGCUCCCAGUUCCUCCUCCAACAACGGAACCUGUAGACAGGACAAGGAUGGCAAGAGAGAAAAGAAGAGUCUCCUGAAGCUGUUGUCCUCCAAUAAGAAGAAGUCUCGUCCUUCACCCCCCUCCUCUCCCACCCAUGAGGGGGAGCUGACUGCGCCUGGAGAGAUGCUGCAUGGAGCUGUGGGCCAUGACACCUCCCCUCCCUCGGGUUGGCUCGAGUCUGAACCUGCUGCUGCUGCUUCAUCCUCCUCCUCCCCCUCAGUCCCUGAGUUCUCCCAUAGGAAGAACAUUCCACUGGACGGAUGUGUUCCCAUCGCUCCUCCCCCUCGUCAGCCUUGCUCCUCUCUGUUAUCACAGCAGCAUGAUGCACGUCCCAUCAUAUGUGAGAGGUACAGGGUGGUGGUGUCAUAUCCUCCACAGAGCGAGGCGGAGCUGGAACUCAAAGAGGGGGACAUUGUGUUUGUCCACAGGAAGCGGGAGGACGGCUGGUUCAAAGGCACGCUGCAGAGGAACGGCAGGACCGGACUGUUUCCUGGCAGCUUUGUGGACAGCGUCUAACAACUGAGUCAUGUGAACCCAGCUGGACUGGCCGGGACAGCACCCACCAGACCAACACUUGAAGUCCUGACAAACAAUGUUAAAUGUACAUGAGAGAACUGGACAAGUCACUGACGAGAGCACAGAUACUCAUGAACUUUGUUUUUUGUCUUGGUUAUUUAUAUAUUUGUAACAACUCAGCUGUUAAAUGUGUGCCUUGUACUGUUCCCCACUUUAUUGUACAUAAGGACAAAUUAUAAUGGUCCUUAACACAACCAGUAUGAAGCGGUAUGUUACACAUUUUUACUUAUUUCAUAUUGUUCUGACGCAGUAGCACACAUUAAGGGGUUAAGUAGAGCUCACAUGCCUUAUGUUGUAUUAGACCACAGUACUUAUACUUUGUCUA